AUGCAUUACUACAGACGAACAGGGGACUCGAUCUUCGAUUCCUUCACCCUAAACCCGCUCCCUUACCCAGUCCUCCUCCUCCUCGCCGUCAUCGCCAUUUUCCUCGGCGCCUCCUGGUACUUCACCUACGAGGAGCUCGUGUACUCCACGGAGUCGUCAAUGGGCCUGGGCCUCUUCGUCCUGCCGGUCCUCCUCAUCUUCCUCGCCCGCUGGCUGUCCUCCGUGGAGUCCCGCGACGCGUUCUUCUUCGGGAUGUCGUCACCGUGGGAUCGCCGCCGGCGAACCCACCAGCCGCCGCCGUCGGAAGGGAGCUCGCCCUGGGGAGUCGUCGCGGUCAUCGUGCUGCUCCUCGUCUUGUUGCAGUACCAGUCUUCUUUCCUUGAUAGCUGGUUCUUCUAA